UUUUGUCUAUGUGCGUUCUUGCUCUUUUACAUUGUUGUCUCUGUGCGUUCUUGCUCUUUUGCAGUGUUGCCUCUGUGCGUUCUUGCGCUGUUGCAUUGUGAUUUUGGCUGUUUGGAAGAAAUCCAACUGAGAAGAAUGGCCACGAGCUCCCAAGAGCUCCCACCUUAUGACCCAUUUGUCAAAUCUACGUAUACGUCUACUAAUAGGCCACAAUUUUUGCGCUACCAGCCCAACAGAAAGGACGAUGAUGAAGACUCCCCACAAUCUUUGCGCUACCACCCCAGCAGAAAGGACGAUGAUGAAGACUUCCCGCAGAAAUACAGAGGAAUGGAGCGAAGGCCUUGCUCCAAAAUUAUGAUUCAGAUAUUAGUGGUGGCGUUCUCUGUGUUUAUUGGUUGUAUAUCUACAUGGCAAUAUAUGUCAAUUAAUACUCCAGAAGAAUUGGACCUGCCAAUCAAUGAAUAUGCACAUGAAUUGGGCUUUGCAUGCAAUUGUAGCAAGUUGUAUGCUGGUUUUAAUUUGCAAGAUCUCAGUGAAUACGCAGAUAGAUUCGGCCUGCCAAAUGGUAAAAAUUCAAAAGAAUUGGACCCGCCAAUCAAUGUAUAUGCAGAUGAAUUGGGCUUUGCAUGCAAUUCUAGCAAGUUGUAUGCUGGUCUUAAUUUGCAAGCUCUCACUGAAUAUGCAUAUGGAAUCGGCCUGUCAAUUGGUGAAAAUUCAGAAGAAUUGGACCUGCCAAUCAAUGCAUAUGCAGAUGAAUUGGGCUUUGCACGCAAUUCUAGCAAGUUGUAUGCUGGUCUUAAUUUGCAAGCUCUCAGUGAAUAUGCAGAUGGAUUUGUCCUGUCAAUUGGUGGCAAUUCAAAAGAAUUGGACCUGCCAAUCACUGCAUAUGCAGAUGAAUUGGGCCUGUUAAUUAGCAGAGAGGAAUCUUGCCUUCAAAUCACUGAAAAUACAGAGGAAUUCAGCAUUUUAAUUGAUGGAGAUGAAGCCCAUGGUCUUGCAGUACUUGAGCAGUUUAGCACACCGGAAUUUGAGAGAACAUACAAUUUUGGAACCCAUAGUACCAUUUUAAUUGGCCUGUCUGGAACACUGGCGUUGGAGAGUCGUAAUCGCAUGGAAACUGUCACAUCAGAGGAAAAAAAGGCCAAGGAAUGGGUGUGGGAUGUUUUUCUUGCAAAAGAUUCUAAACAUUUGGGAGCAGUGUGUCCUCUGGCUCUGCUUUAUGCAGUUACGGGUGCAUUUUUUUGUGCAGCCGCAGUAGUGCUUAAUUGGUCCAGAAAAAGGGCAACAUAUUCUAGCACUAAGUCUUCCCUAGAAUAUGUUAAAGAAAUUCAGGCAAAGAUAAACGAGCAUACACAACAACGUCCUUUUCAGCAGUUGUCAAUAAUGCAGAGGAAGAGUUCCUCUGCGCCUAGUGUGCAUCUUCUAAAUGAGUAUUCUGUCAGCUCUUCUCUUAAAAAGAAAGAUAACAAGUGGAAUGAUUCAAGCAUUCGAGGAAAUUCAUUUUACAUUCCCAACCAGGAGGCGAGGAGGAAGGGCAAUUCAGCUGCCGCCACGAACCAAGAAAACAUGGCAACUGGAGAAAUAUAUAUGAAAAAUACUUCUUAUGGAAGUCGAACAACGAUGGCAAAGAAGGAUGUAGAUGAAAAGAAGCUAAAAGAAAUACCUACCCGAAGAUCAAAUCGGAUUUCAAACCGAGCAAAAUCUGAUUGCACUCUCUAUAAACAAGAUAUAGAGAGAAAGCAGCUAAAUGCAAUACCUUUGAGGAGAUCAGAGCGGAUCAGGAAUUUAACAAAAUCUGAUUGUGCUCAUACUCGUAGACACCAUGCAUAGAUUGUUUAUUAGAAUGCAUCAAAGGGAUGUUAUUUGUUAAUGUAUUAAUCUUUAGGUUAAAACUUAGUAAUUUUAGGUUAAUUUUAGUUUUGUUUGAUUUUAUUAGUUUUUGUACAAUUAUAACUUAUUUGUUCCAUCCGACAGUUUUUGUGUAACUGUGCAAACUGUUCGCUGCCUUUAUUAUGCAGCAAGUACUUCUUGAAUACUAAUCGAAAAGUGUUUCAUUUUA